AUGUCGCACUGUUGGAAGUGCACAAACUUCAGACUUUUUGGGUUCCAGCGCAUUGCUUUACGGCGCUCACUUCAUACGCAAAGUCUUGUCCCACGAGCACCAGCACGAAGUCGAUUCGCGCGCGCGGUGAUAUCAUACAGCCGGAAUCCAAGCCUCCUCAUCAACCAAAGCCAGAUACGCAAUUCGUCGUCUACGCCUCAACCAUGUGCAGGCUCGGCUAAGCUGGUUGAAAAUAUCUUGCCCGUCUGUUGUCCGGGAUGCGGUGCCUAUGCGCAGACCGUCGAGCCGAACGAACCGGGGUAUUAUGGCAAGUCACGGAAACAGACUCGGAAGCUCCUAUCUGAGCUCCAGCAAGCGCCUCAAGAAGAGCAUAAGGAUGUGGAGGAAGGACUUGAUUUAAGAUCCGAAGCGGAGAAAGCAGCGAGCACGAUACAGAAGCUGGCCAUCGACUCCGAGCUGACGAUUCCUAAAGCGAAGCAUGGAGCGAUGCUGGAAGAUGCGGCGGUGACUGCCAGUCAGUACCUCGAAAAAUCGAAAGCGCCUGUACAGAUUUGCGACAGGUGUCAUGAUCUUGUCCACCAUAAUAAAGCUGUCUCCGCUAUCUCGCCUUCGAUCUACUCAAUUGGCGAACUCCUUAAAGAGUCGCCGCACAGAGAUAAUCGCAUCUACCACGUUGUUGAUGCAGCUGAUUUCCCGAUGUCCUUAGUUGACAAUAUCUACGAAGCUCUCUCGAUUCAAGAGCCACGCUCGCGGAAUCGAAGGGCAUCGAUCGAGAAAUACCGAGGGGGCAAGAAACUGCCAACGAUCUCGCUCAUUAUAACGCGCUCCGAUCUUCUAGCUGCUACCAAGGAACAGGUCGACUCGAGGAUGGAAUACAUCCGUACGCUUCUGCGAGAUACUCUGAACUUGUCGACCGAGCAGGCCCGCUUGGGCAAUGUUCAUAUGAUCAGUGCUCAUCGAGGCUGGUGGACCAAACAGGUGAAGGAAGAAAUCAGAAAACAUGGAGGAGGCAUAUGGGUAGUCGGCAAGGCCAAUGUCGGAAAAAGCAGCUUUAUCGAGGCCUGCUUUCCCAAAGAUUCUAGGAACCUUGAGAAGAUUGCAGAAUUGGUCGAACGGCGCAAGGAGGAGUCGAAUGUCCCCACCUUCAAGAAUAUUGCUUUGGGCUUUAAUAGCCUCCUGCCACCUGCUCCUCGGGAAGAUUUAUAUCCCGUCCUCCCCGUUGUCUCUUCAGUACCAGGCACGACUGUCUCCCCCAUCCGUAUUCCCUUCGGGCAUGGCAAGGGUGAGAUGAUUGACUUGCCGGGCCUUGACCGCGGCCAAUUGGAGAACUACGUUCGCGACGAGCACAAACGGGACUUGACUAUGACCAAGCGGAAGAAGCCUGAACGCUACACGAUCAAGCCAGGACAAUCCUUGCUCCUCGGAGGCGGCCUCAUCAGGAUCACUGCGGAGAACCCAGACCAUCUGAUCAUGGCUGCUUGCUUUAUCCCAAUCGAAGCCCACGUCACUAACACAGAAAAGGCUAUUGAAAUGCAAGCCCUCCAGCGCCCCUACCCCGGCGAAAAGAUCAUGAAAGAUGACGCUGCUGCGACGAUAUCUUCUGCUGGAUCUUUCGAGCUAAAAUGGGAUGUCACCCGCUCGCACCUCCCAAUAAGCAUCGCGAAAGCAGUCGAGGAUCUGGGCAAACCGAUUCCCCGGCUACCAUACAAAGUAAUGUCGACAGACAUCCUUAUCGAGGGAUGCGGAUGGGUCGAACUCACCGUGCAAGUUCGAUCCGGCUCUGUCUCGGAUGAAUCUGAGUCAUCGACGUCCUUUCCCCGAGUCGAGGUCUUCAGCCCCAACGGGCAGCACGUCAGCUCGCGGCCCCCGAUUGAAUGUUGGAAUUUCAUUGCGGAUAAGAAGGCUGCGGAUAAGCGCAAGAAUCCUUCUCGUGGACGACAGAACAUCGGUCUGGCGAGACGGGUGCGGUCAACUUGA